AUGAUCCGCGACGAGGAGAGCAAGGCGCCACCAGCCAUGGUGAGCGGCGGGGCCUUUGAGGGCUCCCAGGACGGGCCCUUCGGCCAGGGCUACGGAGAGGGCAUCAGCGCCGGGUCUGACUGUGAGGACUGGAUCGUGAGCCGUGACAAGCACAAGUACGACGAGAUCUUCUACUCCAUGAAUCCCAUCAACGGGAAAAUCAGUGGAGUCAAUGCCAAGAAGGAGAUGAUGAACUCCCGUCUGCCAAACACAGUCCUGGGGAAGAUCUGGAAGCUAGUGGACUGUGAUAAAGACGGCAUGCUGGAUGACGAGGAGUUUGCCCUGGCACAGCACCUGAUCAAGGUGAAGCUGGAGGGGUACGAGCUGCCCACUGAGCUACCUCAGCACCUGGUGCCUCCCACUCACAGGAAUAACGAGGUCGCUGACAUCCUCUACAACCACGACGCGGAUUAA